GUACAGUGUCCCAACUUUUUUGGAAUCGGGUUUGUAUGAAAAUGACUUUAAUAAGGGUCAGAAACAAGUUUUUUGAAGAAUUCAUGGAAUAUCAAGUUAAUAAAUGUUUUCAUUGAUAAAAUAUUUAAAAAAAAAAUCACAGCAUGCCAGGUCAAUUUGACCCCCUUUAUGCACUCUAGAGUUAAGUUUAACAGUUUAAAAAAAUAACAUGCAAAUUGGCCUGUAGAUGCAUAGAGAUUUGGCAGUGGUUGUGUCUAAGUGAGAAAAGAAUUCAUGUAAUUUGAAAGUAGUAGUCACUGAAUGCAUUUUGUGCCAAAGCAAUAAGAAAUGAUCCACAGUUUAGCCCACAUUGCCUGCUGUUGUGAUCACUGUGUAAAGAGUUUUAGAAAAGUGAAUACAUUUUCUUGUGUCUUCUGCAGAAGAAAGUAAGUUUGAAUUUGAAUUACACAAUUUACAUUUUGGUGUACCUUUGAGGAGCUGGGAAAGUGUAGAAAAUGGUCAAGGAAAACAAUGUUUUGGGGGCAAUAAAACAUUGACUAACACUGUAGUUAGACUUCAGGGAAAAGCUAAGUAUGAUGUGACCCAAAUCUCUUAAGUAAUCAGAUGCUCAAUGUGCACUUCUGUGCAUGACCCAUCUCAGCCAAACUUUUUUCUGUCAGCUCAGCCAGCUGUGAAAGUUUUCCGAUCACAAGCUAGACUGGUUUUAUUGAUUGCAUGUGGUCAAAGACGACACAUUUAGAAGCUAUUUUUAGAAACUGUGGCAUACACACUUCAAGCACUUCAAGUACAACAUUGACCACAGCAGAAAGGAUCUGUCAAUAACAGAUCUGUGCUGAGUGUUCUUUCCAUCUGAUGUGCACAAUCACACAGCUUGUGUACUUUUUCACUUACCGUAUAGAUUUGCUGAUUUGCUUCUCCUCUGAAAUUAGAGUGCAUUGAACUUUUUGUCACCAGGUAGGAUGACAUCCCACUACGACUUUAAUUAACUUACUCCACUUGUCAUGGGAAUUUGUAUCGGAACAUCUUCAGCUGCAUAAUUAACUACUCAACAUUUAGUGUGAAGUGAUGCAAGUCUGAAUCUAACAUGUUAUGAGUACAGAUGGCAUUGCAAUUCAGAAAUUCAUAUAAAGUUCAGUUUAAAUUUAUUUAUUUUUUCCCAGCUGGGAAAAUGAGCAGUCAUUUGUAGCAAUUCUCGCAUCUACGAUGAUCUGGAGUCAUUUAGUUUCCAUGACAGUUAUUGCUACGGCAAUUGGUUUCGGUGCAUUUGGGAAUAUUGAAAUUAAUACGUGCAGAAAGUAUCACCAGAGAAUUUCGAAACCUCUUUAAAUUUAGUAAGCCGCUUCCAUCGGCAUCUGUAUUGCUUCAUCAAUUAGCCCAUGACGUCAUGACAUUCAAAACCUUUCCCUCCACCAACAUCUGUGUUGUGUAUUAGUACGGCUCCAACAUGAUCAAAACAUCUUCCUAGUCUGCUCUCGCUGUCAGACAUCUGUGCGUCAGCAAAGGAGUGACAGUUAGACCUGUUCGUCACAGGAAACUGCAAGUAGUAAAUAAGUCUGCCUACCUCAGUGUGCUUGCAAAAACACUGAGACAACCACAGCAGCAUCCUACACCUCAAACUCAACUACUGCCUCUCAGCUUCAAGGAAACUAGCCUCUGAUCUGUGCCAAAAUCUCUCGAAAUAGUUUUCUCACUACGCUAUCUCAGUUUUCAGACCUUUUGCAUGCGCUCAUAAACAGAUGUGCAGGUGAAGGAGUUCUGUUUGCUUGUAAGGAAGGAUUGUCAUCAAAGUUAGCCUGAAGACCAUGAGAUUGUGGUUCCCAUCAGCAUUGUGCACCUAAACACUCCAGAGUAGCAUGGGCAGUCGGCCCAGUAAAGACCGGCGCGGAUCCAGCGCACAUGCUGUUCUCUUGGACACGGAGGAAAGAGCCGACUCGCUGUCCAUGGACAGCGGUAGAUGCGUGGUGGUGUCCCUGUACGACUAUCCGUCGAGAGGUCCGGGAGACUGUACCAUCAGAGUGGGGGAGAGGCUCAACAUUUUGUCAGAUGAGGGAGAGUGGUGGAAAGUAAGUUCGUCAGCCACAGGAAAUGAGAGCUACAUCCCCAGCAAUUACACUGCCAAAGUGUACAACAGGUGGCAGUUUGUGGGUCUCAGCAAACAGAAAGCAGAGGAACUUCUGAUGCUCCCUCAUAAUCAGCCCGGCUCCUUCCUUAUCAGAGAGAGCGAGACCUUCCCAGGUAACCACACUCUGUCAGUGCGUAAGAGCAGCUCGCAGGAGCGCGCUUCAGUCAAACACUACCGUAUCAACUGCAUCGAGAAUGGCUGGGUCUACAUCUCUCCUGGACUCACCUUCAGGACCCUCACAGACCUGGUUGCACACUAUUCAGAAGUAUCGGACGGGUUAUGCUGUACUCUGGGGGAGCCGUGCUUCAUCAUUGGAUCCAACAACGUUCCUGUUGUAACCGGCCCACCUCCGGUUGCCGUGAAGAGGCCCACUAUAAACUGGAAAGAUGUGAACAGCUCCAUGAUCUUCGGGCAGAGUAAAGAGGGUGCGGAGGAGUCUCUGGUGAGCGAAGGACUGAAGGAGGCCAUUAACUCGUACCUCUACAUGACGGAGGAAUGCGAGGACUGCUGUCAGCUCUGGGAAACAUGAGGAAGACUGUAGAGAGACUUGGAGGACGAGUGUUUGAAUGACUUUGGGCUCUUGAUGCUGUCGGUGAUGACGCACUUUCGUACAUAUAGAAACAGACCCAGAAACGAAAAAUAACCAAAAACUACAUCUAAGCGUCUAUUUUCAUUCGUGUAUUUCUUUGAAGAGAUGCGUAAAAAUUGUUUAAGAACGAAAGCGGCGUCGGAUGAAGCUCCCGGCCGAGCGCAUUGACUCAUUGCUGUUCUUCCAGAGUGGGUGCUGGAGACAAAGAUGUCACAGUUUCCUGUGUGGACUCGUUCCUGGCGGACAUGAAAGAGAACACGACUGAAGGAAAUAACGACAGAGGAGUGUGUGAGUGGGAGGGGGAACACAGCUGGGUGGCGUACGCAUCCAUUUCCACUCCUCUCACACUUUCUGGAACUUUAUCAGCGACUCGUUACAAAUGUGAUCGCGAUCAUUGAAUGAUGAGAUGAGGAACUCCAGAGAAGCUUUACAAGUGAUAUCAAAGAUAUUUUGAUACUGUUUUUUGUUGAAAAUGCCAAACAAAAUACUUAUUUAUGACUUGGAACAUAAAUGUGAAUCUUUGUAUAUAUGUACAGUUCCUUAAAGGGAUAGUUCACCCAAACAUGUCGAUUUUGCCAUCAAAAGAAUAGUAGUUUUGGUUUCCAUUGACUUCUAUUAUAAUUUUAGACCAGACAAUGGAGCCAAAACUGUUUAGUCACCAACAUUAUUCAUAAAAAACAUCUUUUACAUUCCA